AUGGUUCGGAACAUUGUCAUCCUCGGUGGGAACUCCCACCCGGAGCUCGUUGAUAAUGUUUGCAACAACCUCGGCAUAGCUCCGGGCGAGCGUAUCCUCACAAAAUUCUCCUCUGGCGAGAGUCGGUGCGAGAUCAAAGACUCCGUGCGAGGCAAGGACGUAUAUAUCAUACAAUCUGCCGCCGACUCGGUCAACGAUGGCUUCAUCGACCUUUGUAUCAUGGUGUCCGCCUGCAAGACCGGUUCCGCUAAGAGGGUCACCGCCGUCAUGCCCUUGUUCCCCUACUCGCGACAGCCCGACGUUCCCUACAAGAAAGCUGGCGCGCCUCUAUCGAAGGCAAGCCACCCGACUAAGAAUGGUUACACCUUUGAAAGCGUCCCGGGUACGCCUCACCCAGGGAUUACGAGGACCCAAUCUCUUGGCCCCGACAUCAACGGGUUGGAUACAAAGCUUGCUAGGACCAAGCUCGCGGAGAACGGCGUUAAUGGCACAACCUGUAACAAGGCUGACGGGCCUCAGACCCCGUCAGGGGCUGAGCGCCGUAACGCGCCCUCUGGCUCAUCUGCAUUCAACUACACCACACAUGACUACCAGAAUCACAGCCUCCUCGCCAAUUUCAAGUCGAAGCCGGGUUACAAGCAAUGGGUCGCCCAGGCUGGUACCCUAGUGGCAGACCUUUUGACCUGUGCAGGCGCUGAUCAUCAUGUACUAACCGAAUGUAGGAUGGACCUGCAUGAUCCUCAAUAUCAGGGCUUCUUCGACGUCCCGGUAGAUAACCUCUACGGGAAGCCCCUUUUGAAGAGGUACAUUCAACAGCAUAUCCCCAACUACAAGGAGGCUGUUGUGAUCAGCCCCGAUGCAGGAGGUGCCAAACGGGCAACUGCUGUAGCCGACGAGCUCGACAUGGAUUUUGCCCUCAUCCACAAGGAACGCCGUCCCACCAAGUACAGCGAGAUGCGCAAUGCCAGCAUGAUGCUGGUGGGAGACGUCAGGGACCGGGUAUGUAUCCUCAUCGACGAUCUGAUUGACACCGGCAACACCAUCACUCGAGCGGCGAAGCUACUGAAGAAGGAGGGUGCGACGGCCAUUUACGCCCUGGUUACCCACGGCAUCCUCAGCGGCGAUGCCAUUCCUCGCAUCAAUGCGUCAGCCAUCGACAAGUUGAUCGUGACCAACACGGUGCCGCAACUCGAGCACAAGCGGCUGUGUACCAAGCUUGUGACCUUGGACGUAUCCCCCGUGUUCGCAGAGGCCAUCCGACGCGUGCACCACGGAGAGUCCAUCAGCGUACUUUUCCAGUUCAACUAAGGAGGUCCAAACCGUGAAACAAAAAAACGACCAUCUAGAGCUAGACGAACCGGCGUUUGAUAUUCCAGGAUCGAAGGAGUAGUAUUAUGGGAUGGCUCCUUUGUAGGGUCAAAUUAAGUCAACGGUUACGCGUUGGCACCACCACGUCGUGGUUGAUCCCUACCUUAGGCAGGCGUUAUUCGGGCAGGGAAUUGGGUCUGCGCAUGCGCUCAUCCGAGGACGAGCUCCCACAACAAAUACGUGGGAGAAUUGCUUUGACUGUUUUUGUCUCUCUCUUCGUCCUUUCUGUGUGCCCCCCCC